ACCCCGCGGACUGGAGCCCCGGCAACGUGCAGAAGUGGAUCCUGUGGACGGAGCACCAGUACCGGCUGCCUGCCUGCGGCGACAUCCUGCACGCCCACCUCGACAUCUGGAAGUCUGCCGCCUGGAUGAAGGAAAAAGCCGCCCCGGGAGAUGUGAGAUACUGCGGAGGUGAUGCCAGCUGGGCGGACAGCGAGGUGGACUCAUCCUGCGCCGGCCAACCCAUCCACCUCUGGCAGUUCCUCAAAGAGCUGCUGCUGAAACCCCACAACUACGGCCGCUUCAUCCGCUGGCUUAACAAGGAGAAAG